AUGCUUUGUGCCUGCCCGCAGUUUGUCACCGCAGCUCGAAGCUCGCAGCUCCUGGAGAACGGCUUUGUUUCGAGCAAUUGGGUCGACCGCACGGUAGGGGUUAUUGAGAAAACUUUGGAGAUUCUCUCUACCCUGCUGUGUCGCGAGCAGACCACUAUGCUUGCUCCGCACCCAUACGGUCACUACUGCAGUAGUUUCUCUGUGGCGAGACCGUGCAAUCGGAGGUUUGUGUUCUCCUUGGCCUCGGACAGCCAGCAGGCGGUUAACGUUGUCCGCAAUCGUUACAGGAUCCAGUACUCUACGCUCCACGCAACGUCUUGCCUACGAUCAACGCGAACUCACCCACGGAAAGCGCGGAGGAUAGACGGCUCACGUGUUAUUCGCCCUUUCUCAAAUACUCGCUGUUCGCGCAUCAAGCUUGAAGAGGAUGACGAGGAAGAUGAGCCGCCACCCAAGACACCAGUCCGUCCUCCAGCUCGACUAAUUCGCCCGGUUCAGAAUCGUGGGCCUCGGAAAGAACCACAUGUGGUGUCAGGAGACCUGAGGGAUUUGAUUGCUGCUCGGAAAUUGGAACCUUCGCCGCCGCCGCUGCCAAAACCGCUGAAUCCAGCAGAGCUACGAGCCAUCGACAAGAAAGCGAAAUCAGUAUUUGCAGUCGGUCUUCGGAAACUGGACGAUCAAUUCUUACGCCUGAAAUGGGCGCGCUUUGAGGAUAAUCUCGCGCGCUGCGCGAAGAUAAACCAGGAGCUCCAGGCUGAAUAUGACGGGAUCAUAGCGGCUCUGGUCUCUCGGCUCGAAGACAAAGUCAUGCGCAGCCAGGCGGCGGGCGAGCGCCUUGAACAUGAAUGGUGCGAAAUCGAGUUCUCUGCGCUUCCAGGCUUGACCAAGGCCAUUUCGCGCGCUGUAUUCGAUAUCAGCAAGCUCCGUUAUGAAGCAUCUUUUACUCUAUUCCAAUACUCAAAGUCCGUUUCGUUGAGCAUGCGAAUAUGGCUGAAUAACGAGUUUCUUUUGCCCCGAAGAUCCGCCCGGGAUAAGGUCGACAGGCUCUUGAACCACACUAGGAUGAGAUCAGUGCUGUAUAAAAGCUUACAGGAUAAGGACCAUGAUGUCAAACACGGCUUGGUGGAAAUAAGGGACUUGCUACAUCAUGUGGGGCCUACGUUCAAACGCUUCCUACGAAGAUUUGAAAAUCUGCAAAAAGAGCAUUCGUAUGCCACACAUGCUCACCGUUCUGUCUGGUUUGCUGCCCGAAAGAGUCUCGAUCCCCUCAAGAAGGCCGAGCUGUGGGACUUUGCAAAGACCCCCCACCCCAUUGCUGGAAAGUAUAAUGUUUCAUCUUUGUUAUUUGAUGAUAAAAAGAACCGAGACCUCAGGCGAAUGCUUGAACGGCACCCACUUCUCGUUGCAAGUCGAGUUCGCACAUUGUACAUGAAGAAAUGGAAGCCAAAUCAGCCCCCUCGAUCACCUGCAUUGGACAAACAUUGGCGACAGCUCGAUAUCAUGGCUCCUUUUCUGUUGAACUUGAAAGAAGUCUUUGUGAUUUCCAAUGAAACCCGAUACUUGAGGGAAAGUCUUGGGGACCACCUCGGACCCAUGUGGUCUCGUGUUGGGGAACACACGAAAACCGAAAUCGGGAAUAAGCUCCAUCAACUGAACAUUCGCAUACGAAUGAAUUAUUCCAGUCUCUUGCAUGAGCUUACAAUUUACCGAUCGAUACAUUGGGCCCGACUGGAAAUAGAGGACAAAUUACAUCGAAUGAGCGAGCCCAAUGACAUUCAAGAACGAGGUUUAUUCAAUGUUCCAGCCCCACUCAGCCAGGACCUCCGCAACUUCGAGGAUUGGAUCCAGAAAUUCUGCGCUUUGGACGCCCAUGGUGUGAAGAUGCAGGUCGCCGUCGACAUGGCGCGGUAUCCUGGAAUGCCAUUCCAGCCCUGGCCAGUAUUGAUGGAAAAGUAUGAGGCAAUUCAAAACCGCCUAGCCCUCGAGAAGCGCACUGCUGCCAUGAACACGUUCGGCUCCGUGGCCGUGCCAAAGCGAAAGGGACGCAAGCGGGCUACGACGCCUGCUGCGAGAUCUGCCAAGGCCGCGCAAGGUCUUGCAUCGAGUAGAGAGGCAUGGGCAUCAAAGCCAUUCACGCGCAAGCCUGCUGAUGACCCCACUCCUUUGACUCUAAAACUCGUCAAAAGCAAAGCAGCCGUUGACAGCUCGCCAAAGCCGGCACCUCCACCUACACCAGAGUAUACGAAGCUCAAUCCCAGAGAGAUUGAGACUCGUCGAGCUCUUGAUGUUCAUAGCAAAGCCAUGAAUUAUGUACCUCGCAAGGGCAGGAGAAGAAGACUGGCCGGGAUGUUACAUUCUAGACCUUCCAAGGUGCCAAUGCUAAAGCUCGUACUGGGGGUAGGAGCGAAGAAGUCCGGUGGUCAUUCGAAUACCGAUAAAGUUGUCAAGCCCAAUUCUACCGUUGAAUCUUCCGGGCAGUCGGGACCUAAUACGUCUGAUGCCGAAAAGCACUCGGGCAAAUUAUCAACUAUAAAACCUCUUCAGUAUCCAUCACCAUUCAACACUGGCUCAACGCGAAAAUUCUCAAUUCACUCCCGGGCUUUCAGUGUCUCCUACCCCAUUGGAGAUAUCAAUGCCUCUUCUACACCGACUGGAGACUUACCGCUUUCAAACGAGACACAUCUGCAGUCGGAAGCAAAAGAUGCAACGCCACAACAAUUCUGGAGCCAUAACUCACAGCGAGCCCCGAACGGCCAGAAACCAAUCGUCCACUACUGCCGGUCCCUAGAAAACACCGAAGAAGUCGCCCAACUCUUCCUCAGUAGCGAAGUCAUCGGUUUCGACAUGGAAUGGAAAGCACAGGCAACCGCCUCAGACACCAUCCAAAACAACCUCUCCCUUAUCCAGAUCGCGAACGAAGAGCGAAUCGCCUUGUUCCAAAUCGCCUUGUUCAAGCCAGCACGCACACUGGACGACUUGGUUGCACCAUCGUUGAAACGAAUUCUCGAGUCGGAAGAUGUCACCAAAGUCGGCGUCUCCAUCAAAGCAGACGCCACUCGUCUGCGCAAAUUCCUCGGCAUCGACACCCGGUCCAUCCUCGAGCUCAGCCACUUGUACAAACUGGUAAAAUACGGCCAGCAGGCUCCGAAACUCGUCAAUAAGCGGAUGGUGAAUCUGAGCGAGCAGAUGGAAGAGCAUUUCGGUAUGCCGCUCGAGAAAGCAGAAGAAGUGCGUUGUGGCGACUGGUCUCGCCCGUUGAAUUAUCGUCAAGUUCAAUACGCCGCUACAGACCCUUAUUCUUGUAUUUGUCUUUUUAAUGCUAUGGAGCAGAAGAGAUUAGCUAUGGAACCCAUGCCGCCUCGUCCUGCGCAUGCUGAGUUGAGUCUGCCUAUCAUUCUUCCUGAAGGGAAGGUGGUACUUGCCGACGAGAAAGAAGCAGUUGUCGCUGAUCCACUUGAUGUGGAUGUAAAUGGCCAUUCGUAA